GGCGCGCGGGCGGCGGGCGGCGGGCGGCGGGCGGGCGGGACCGUGCGAGGUCCGUGAAGCCUCGCUGAGCUCCCGCUCCGGGACGGGGACGCGGACGCUGGCGCGCGCCGACUCUCUCCAAAGCGACCGAACCCGCUUCUGUUGACAGUAUUUCAGAAGGCACCAGCUUUUCUCCGUGGACCCAUUCAUCAAAAGAAAUAUGCUUGGACUAUUUUUAAAAGCUUUUUACUUCAUCAAAGGGAAGUUGGCUCCCCAAGAUGGAAAUGAGUACAUAUGAGAGCGUGGUUUAAGGUGUGGCCAUUUGAGGUGUCCCGCCAAUCACUGAAGGAAGAGAUUAUCUGAAACACAGCUUUCAAUCAGGAAGAUUUUAUCUUGACGCAAAGCGGCUGUAUGCAGUUUAUUUUCUGAAAUGAAAAGGAAAAGACAAGAACGGAUUUAAAAUAACUGAAGAUAUUUCAUGAAUAAUCAGGAUCGGCUCUAUUCUCAUGAUGAUAACGGUGAUGUGAAGUGAGUUACAGAUCCGGGUGUGGUCCUCAAGACAAAACUCUGGAUGGGACUGAUGGUGCGAGCCAUAGGACCUUUUGUGUGCUCCACCCACAGCGACAGAAUCUGGCUGCGGCCGCGGCAUGAGUGGCUCAGCCCAGGAACUCAGGCAGCUUCCAUCUAAAUCCAGAAGCACAGUCAUUUCUUUACUACUAUUAUUUUGAAAACUUAUCCAAAACCAUUUAAAAAGUGUCGACAACUAUUUUUAUAGCUUAAAGAAAGGCAGAUGUCUGCAAACAAUUCCCCUCCAUCAGCCCAGAAGUCUGUGUUACCUGCAACUGUUUCUGCUGUGCUUCCAACUUCUUCUCCGUGUUCAAGUCCCAAGACAGGACUCUCGGCUCGCCUCUCCAAUGGCAGCUUCAGUGCCCCGUCACUCACAAACUCCAGAGGCUCAGUGCACACUGUGUCAUUUCUACUUCAGAUCGGCCUCACACGAGAGAGCGUCACCAUCGAAGCCCAGGAACUGUCUCUGUCCGCUGUCAAAGACCUCGUGUGCUCCAUUGUUUAUCAGAAGUUUCCAGAGUGUGGAUUCUUUGGCAUGUAUGAUAAAAUUCUUCUCUUUCGCCACGACAUGAACUCGGAAAACAUUUUGCAGCUGAUUACCUCGGCAGAUGAAAUACAUGAAGGAGAUCUUGUAGAAGUUGUCCUGUCAGCCUUGGCCACAGUAGAAGACUUCCAGAUUCGCCCUCAUACUCUCUAUGUACAUUCUUAUAAAGCACCUACUUUUUGUGAUUAUUGUGGUGAAAUGCUCUGGGGAUUGGUACGUCAAGGAUUAAAAUGUGAAGGCUGUGGAUUAAAUUAUCAUAAACGAUGUGCCUUCAAGAUUCCAAAUAACUGUAGUGGAGUAAGAAAAAGACGCCUGUCAAAUGUAUCUCUGCCGGGACCUGGCCUGUCAGUUCCGAGACCCCUGCAGCCUGAAUGUGUGCCCCUUCUCAGUGAAGAGUCACAUGCUCACCAAGAACCAAGCAAGAGAAUCCCGUCCUGGAGUGGGCGUCCAAUCUGGAUGGAAAAGAUGGUGAUGUGCAGAGUCAAAGUCCCACACACCUUUGCCGUCCACUCCUACGGCCGGCCGACCAUAUGUCAGUACUGCAAGCGGCUGCUCAAAGGCCUUUUCCGCCAGGGCAUGCAGUGCAAAGAUUGCAAAUUCAACUGCCAUAAACGCUGCGCAUCAAAAGUACCAAGAGACUGCCUUGGCGAGGUUACUUUCAAUGGAGAGCCUUCCAGUCUGGGAACUGAUGCAGAUAUACCCAUGGAUAUUGACAGUAACGAUGUGAACAGCGACGGUAGCAGGGGCUUAGAUGACUCAGAGGAGCCAUCCCCACCAGAAGACAAAAUGUUCUUCCUGGACCCGACUGACGUUGACGUGGAGCGAGAUGAGGAGACUGUUAAGACAAUCAGUCCAUCCACCAGCAAUAAUAUUCCAUUGAUGAGGGUUGUACAGUCCAUCAAGCACACAAAGAGGAAGAGCAGCACAAUGGUGAAGGAAGGGUGGAUGGUCCAUUAUACCAGCAGGGAUAACCUGAGGAAGAGGCAUUAUUGGAGACUUGAUAGCAAAUGUCUAACAUUGUUUCAAAAUGAAUCUGGAUCAAAAUAUUAUAAGGAAAUCCCACUUUCAGAAAUUCUCCGCAUAUCUUCUCCUCAAGAUUUCACCAGCAUUUCACAAGGCAGUAACCCACACUGUUUUGAAAUCAUCACUGAUACUGUGGUGUACUUUGUUGGGGAGAACAAUGGGAGCAGCUCUCACAACCCUGUUCUCGCUGCCACUGGAGUGGGACUCGAUGUAGCACAAAGCUGGGAAAAAGCAAUUCGCCAGGCCCUCAUGCCUGUAACUCCUCAAGCGAGUGUUUGCACUUCUCCAGGUCAAGGGAAAGACCACAAAGAUCUGGCCAUCAGUAUCUCCGUAUCUAACUCCCAGGUUCAGGAGAAUGUGGACAUCAGCAGUGUUUACCAGAUCUUUGCAGAUGAGGUGCUUGGUUCUGGCCAGUUUGGCAUUGUUUAUGGAGGAAAACACAGAAAGACUGGAAGGGAUGUGGCUAUUAAAGUAAUUGAUAAGAUGAGAUUCCCCACAAAGCAAGAAAGUCAACUCCGGAAUGAAGUCGCUAUUUUACAGAAUCUACACCACCCUGGGAUUGUAAAUCUGGAGUGUAUGUUUGAAACCCCAGAACGAGUCUUCGUAGUGAUGGAAAAACUUCAUGGAGAUAUGUUGGAAAUGAUUCUGUCCAGUGAAAAAAGUCGACUUCCAGAGCGAGUUACUAAAUUCAUGGUCACACAGAUACUUGUUGCCUUGAGAAAUCUACAUUUUAAGAAUAUUGUGCACUGUGAUUUAAAGCCUGAAAACGUGCUGCUUGCAUCGGCAGAACCAUUUCCUCAGGUGAAGUUGUGUGACUUUGGGUUUGCACGCAUCAUUGGUGAGAAGUCAUUUCGGCGGUCAGUGGUGGGAACUCCAGCCUACCUAGCCCCUGAGGUUCUCAGAAGCAAAGGCUACAACCGGUCCCUAGACAUGUGGUCAGUGGGAGUCAUCAUCUACGUGAGCCUCAGCGGCACAUUUCCAUUCAAUGAAGAUGAAGAUAUAAAUGACCAAAUCCAAAAUGCUGCGUUUAUGUACCCACCAAAUCCAUGGCGAGAGAUCUCCAGUGAAGCAAUUGAUUUGAUAAACAACUUGCUUCAAGUGAAGAUGAGAAAACGUUUCAGUGUCGACAAAUCUCUCAGUCAUCCUUGGCUACAGGAUUAUCAGACUUGGCUUGACCUCAGAGAAUUUGAAACUCGCAUUGGAGAACGUUACAUUACACACGAAAGUGAUGACGCUCGCUGGGAAAUACACGCAUACACACACAACCUCGAAUACCCAAAGCAUUUCAUUAUGGCCCCCAAUCCAGAUGAUAUGGAAGAAGAUCCUUAAUUAUCAGUGGGCUAACUUCAAUGAGGAAGGAUUUCAUUCAUGAACAGAUACUCUGCUACACAACUGUUGCUCUCUGCCAUCCCAAGGAGGCACAGCGUGGGGAAACAGAACGAUUGGUGGCACCAGUCCUGUCGCUCAUGACGAGUAGGUACAUGAAGGGAAACUGUGUAAUAAAACCACAUAAUGACGUCAGAAUGAAACUUGUUACAAAUUCUUAUAGCAUAAGCAAUAACUGGUUCUGUCAUUUUCCUUAAUCCUUCACAUUAACACAAUGUGAAUUAGCACUUAAUUUAUCUCUCCUUUGCUGUUACUACAUCAUUUGUUUUAAAAAGCCUGUGACUGUCUAGUUAUUGCUUAUAAGGCUGAUUACACAACAGGUUUGUAGUUCAGCAAUUGCUGUGAGGCUAACAAUAUAUGUAAGGACUUUUAGUAUUUGUCUCCUGCUGGAGGCAUUGAUUCUUCUGGGUCCCUACAAAUGGAACACUGUACUGCUAACCUUUUGGGGGCUGUAUCCUUAAAUAUGAUCUGUAUGGCAUAAAAACUGUCACCUUUUCUCUGUUGCAAUAGCCACUAGGAUAAGUGGACAAUUGGUGUUACAAAAUGAAUAGAUACAGCCGGUCAUCACUCACCACCUGUGUUCUCAGUUGACACCAUCGUAAUGCAAGCUGUGUGCCAACAGCCAGUGGGAACAGCUCUGCGAUUAACUACAUAGUUAACCCUCACACGGGCUGAGUAGUUUACAGAUAGAAUUAAUCCACACUAAAAGGAAAGCUAGUGAAGUGUCAGCAAAUGUCACUAGACAGCAGGCAGUAUCUUUUCCUUCUUCCCUAGCCUUUGAUGGGAUCUGUAAUAUCUAUAAUUUUUAAAUCAGCAUUUUAUUUUGAGCAUUUUGGGGGAGUGGGUUGAAGUCAGACAUGAAAGUUCAGUUUACUGGGGCGGGACCAUAUUACGAGUACGGCAGAUGAAGGAAGAGUAAGAAUUUCUUACACUUCAGCUCCAGCAGCCAGCUGCUUUCGUAGUAGUUAUUAAUACAGAUUUGGUAUUUCUAAUCUGAACAGUCGAACACCAGAAGGGUUUCAGUUUUCCAGAUACUGAAAGAUCUGCAUACUUCACUGGUUGAGCAUCCCCGACUAACAAAUCUGAAAUCCUCCAAAAUCUAGAAACUUUGGAGUUCUGAGGCACUUUCUGAUUUUCACAUUAGUGAUGUUCCAAUCUGCUUUACCCAAAGAAAAGGAAAGAUGGUAUCUGUUUUUUCAUUCCCACUAGUCACCAAGAGUAGGCUUUUGUUGUUGUCCCUUUUCUGUGCUAAGAGCAGAGAUUUGGAGUCAGAGGACCUGGGUGUGAGUCUGAGCUUCCUAUGUUUUGGAUUUGUUGCGCUGGGCAGGAGACAGUUUGUCUAAGCAUUUAGUUUCUCAUCUGUAGAAUGGAGAGCAUAGAUUGCUGCCUUUGCCAUCCACGGUGUGGCCAUGAAGACGGGCAUGUGUGAACAUCUCUGACAGUCUGGAACAACCGUCAGUGUAGUCAGCUACCACUGAUCAGGUCAGCUACCACUAACACAGUCUUGUGUGUGAGCGGACCAAGACUGAAGUGUCUUCACAGAUGAGAAAGCAGCUGCGGGGAUCUACUGAAUAUUAAAAUCAUCCUGAAGAAACAGAAGCACUACAGGCUGCCUCUGUGUUGUUAAGUUUUGAUGCUUUAAAGUAUCCUCACAAUUGCCACAUGACUACAUGCAUUUAAAGAAGUUGAGGCACAAGGUUAGCUGCUAAAGGUCAUAGAGUUUGAAUAUGAAUUUGAACCCAGGCCUAUGUCCCAUGUCCCUGUUCUCAUGCCGCAGUCAUGAAGACUAUUGUUAAGGAACGUCUGUGAAUGAAUUUUCCCUGUGAGAGGUGGUGACUUCCCUCCGUUUCUGCAAGGUCUGCUUGACCACCACGUACAGGAUGGAACAAUUGUGCGUCACUCCGCUGUGAGGCGAGCUCACGGGAGUGGCUGUUCUGCUGUAUGCUAUCCUCAGGCUCUACAAGCCGUGACAUGAAUUGCACUCUGUUUUUGUUGAAGGCCUGUGUGUCUAAAGAGAGAGACUGCCACGGCACUGUCGGGUGGUCUGGCGUUGAGUACCUACUCCACUGUUUAACCUGCAGAACUUUUUCUCUUUGUCUUAAAGCCAAGUUGUGUUUGCAUAAAAAGUAAUUGUUUCUUAGAAACGUGAUAAUUUUCAAAGUAGUGUAUAAUGACACUGUUUCGUACAUUUUAUAUUUUUUGUUACAUCCCACUUUUUGUAAAUAUUCUCAAAACUUGAUAAUAAAAUGUAUUUCUGUAUCACCAUA